AAUCCGAAUUUAAGUGUCGAGCGAGACGCUCAAAAUCGAAUAUGCGUAUUUAUUAAUGCGAUGGAGACGUGUGAUUUACUGGAUCCGCGCCUGAUAAAUCCCGGAUUUAGGGGUGCGAUGGAGACAUGAUCAAUGUUUUCAACAGCAUCUGUAGUUUUCAGUAGUUUUCAAUGGGGCGAUGAGCUUGUAUCUUUGCGAAACGUCAAAUUUAUAAUCGUAACGUUAAUUUUCUUACACUACCGUAAUUCUUAUUAAGUAGUGAAACAUGGUAUACAUCUCUGACGAAGGACAAGUGCUGGAGUCGACACCUUGGACACUUGGCAGAAUUUUGUCCAUUCCUAUAGGCAUUCUUAAUACGGUUUUCCUUUUUUUCAGAACAUUAGUUGACCCUAGCUUAAAUAGUCGUGGCAUUCAGUACACUCAAGACUACAGACUUGGCUCUGGGCCUCCACGUCCACCAACGCGUAGAAUGGGAAGACCGAAUACAGGGUCUGUAAGUGUUCCAUUUGGUGGGUGUCGCAGUUGUGCUGGUUAAAGAAAUAAAAAUAAAUGUUGAGUCUUAAUGAUAAUCUAUGCAUAUGAAAUAUAAUAUCUUCACAAUUUA